CUGGGGAUCACCAUGUGGCAAUGGCUGCUAGUACCCUUGCUGUUGAUACCGGAGGCAGUGCUGAAGAUGCAAGCCUAUCAGCAGUCUACAACCGGCCGCUUGCUGGACAUCAAUUUGUAUUCCCAAAGUCUCAGGCUGCACUGGGCCUUCCACUUGAAUGAAGGUUCUGCCAUGGGUUACUGGAUGCCUCGUGUGCAAGCCGCCCUGGGUUUUUGGGGAAGCAAAUUCAUGAUCUUCUGUGGCGUCUUGGCGGCGGGGUUCUUCGUUUGGCAGAUGCAGAAGUCUCGCACUAGGGCUGGACAGCUGGGCGCUGUCUUUCUCGUCUCGGGUGCCGUGGGCAAUCUAGUGGACCGCUUUUAUGUCGGUGGAGUCAUUGACUACUUCUUACUACAGCUGAAGGGAAUCGUGAACACCUCCUUUUUUUGGAACUUGUCGGACCUCUACAUCGAUUUCGCCGUGAUCUUCCUGCUUGUUGCCUUGCUUCGUGGGGAUCUCGCAGAGCCUGAGGCCGCCACAGGCGACGACAAGAAGGAACAUUGACCCACCACUCCAAGUCCACUCCGACUGAAGGGGACUUCCCGAGCUCCGCCCAGCGACGAAGUAUCGUGGCAGACGACAUCUCGAAGUCACCAGCUUCCCCGAUGAUCCGCACCAGCACCGGACGACGCUGUGCCAAUGGCCACCAUAGAUUUGGAGUUGAAAGGCGGAACCCUGGGAGGCGCAUGGGAUUUCCAGGGAUUUCCAACAUGGAAUCGAGACUUAGCUGAAGCCAACGGCUAGAUGGACCUUGGUCGAAAA